AUGAAGUUCAACGUCGCAAAUCCGACUACUGGUUGCCAGAAGAAGCUCGAGAUCGAUGACGACCAGAAGCUCCGUGCUUUUUACGACAAGAGGCUCUCUCAGGAAGUUAGCGGAGAUUCUUUGGGCGAGGAGUUCAAGGGUUACGUCUUCAAGAUCAUGGGAGGAUGUGACAAGCAGGGUUUCCCAAUGAAACAGGGGGUUCUGACCCCUGGUCGUGUCCGCCUUUUGCUUCACCGAGGUACUCCUUGCUUCAGAGGACACGGAAGGAGGACUGGAGAGAGGAGGAGAAAGUCUGUCCGUGGUUGCAUUGUGAGCCCUGAUCUCUCUGUCCUCAACUUGGUCAUUGUGAAGAAAGGUGAGAACGAUCUUCCUGGGCUUACUGAUACCGAGAAGCCAAGGAUGAGAGGUCCCAAGAGGGCAUCGAAGAUCCGCAAGCUGUUCAACCUUGGAAAGGAUGAUGAUGUGAGGAAGUACGUCAACACGUACCGCCGCACCUUCACCAACAAGAACGGCAAGAAGGUCAGCAAGGCUCCCAAGAUCCAGAGGCUUGUGACUCCGUUGACCCUCCAGAGGAAGAGAGCUAGAAUCGCUGACAAGAAGAAGAGAAUCGCCAAGGCUAACUCUGACGCAGCUGAGUACCAGAAGCUUCUUGCCUCGAGGCUUAAGGAGCAGCGUGAUCGCCGUAGUGAAAGUUUGGCCAAGAAGAGGUCUAGACUCUCUUCUGCUGCCGCCAAGCCCGUGGCUGCUUAA